UAAUUAGGUAAUAUAUAUAGAGAACAUGGCUGCGCCCACAGGACCGAGAGGAGCAUCCAGCCCGACCGGGUUUGAAGGCUUCCCGUUCGCGCUGGCCUCCAAAACACCGGAGGACAGCGCCGGUAAAGAGCAGGAGCAGACCGGUGCGAAGAAGAAGCCAUGCAGGGCUUGUACGGACUUUAAAUCCUGGAUGAAAGUCCAGAAAACAGAAAAAACGACAACUCCUGUACAGGAGACCGUAGCUGCAGAGUUGGAGCCACAACAGAGUGUCCGCGUGGACCGGGGGGAGUUAGGGCGUAACACCUGGUCCUUCCUGCACACCAUGGCAGCGUAUUACCCCGAUAAACCAUCGUCGACCCAGCAGCAAGAGAUGGGGCAGUUCAUCAACCUUUUCUCCAAGUUCUUCCCCUGUGAGGAAUGUGCAGAAGACCUCAGGGGCAGAUUAAAAACCAAUCAGCCGGACACCAAGAGUCGCCACGCUCUCUCUCAGUGGUUCUGUAAUAUUCACAAUGGCGUCAACGUCCGUCUGGGAAAGCCUGAGUUCGACUGCUCCCGUGUGGAUGAGAGGUGGAAAGACGGAUGGAAAGAUGGCUCCUGUGACUGAGCAAUAAGAAAUGUGAGGACUGAGGGGAGACAUUCUUCCUGUGCAAAACUUUGAGUGGGAGCACAACAAUUUGGAGCUCAUAUCUAUAAUGUUGAGAAACUUUACGUGUGGAUAGAUAGGCCAUGUGGUCCAUUUCAAAUUUGUGCUUUGUGGUCAGUUAAUAUAACUGAUCAGGUAACAAAAAUGAGUGACACAAAUCCCUUUCUGUUUCUGCGGUUAUAACAAAUACUCAAAGUAAAACAAAGAUUCACUAAACAUGUUGUUUAUUCCAGUAAUGAGUUUUAAAAGUUUGCGAUACAACUGUUUAUUGAAAAAUGUAAAUGUAAAUCCAAUUUAGCCCUGACUUGUCUGUUAAAGCAGUUAGUAAUUUACAAAGGUAUUUAGCCAUUAAAAUGUUGUUUUGUGGGCUAAGCUUGAAUAUAUAUAUAUAUAUAUUUGUUCAGAGAAAUAUAUAUUUUACAUAAUGAUGAUGAUUACAUUGUUUUUUCACUGCAUACUACUCAGUUUGUUUAGAUGUAAGGGUGUGAUACGUGCAAAAUAUGUUCAUAUAUUUGCAUUAUUUGUGCUGCAAUGAGUAAACAUUGAUCAAUUUAAGUGUGUAAGAGGUAGCAGCAUCUAGUGGUGAAGUUGCACAUUGCAACUCACUGAAUGUGAGGGAAAUGAUCGUAUACAUUUUAGGUGAAUACAGACUCGUCAAUUAUAUCCUCCAUCGCAUAUUUACAUAACCUUGUGAAAGUACAAUCUCUCUGUCUCUUAGCACUUUGUUUGCUUAUUGCUAAGUCGUUAUGAAUCCUCCUACACAUCUGUCCUUGACAUCUUGAUCCUUUCCAUCAAGGUUAAGGAAAAGUAAUUAAGUUAUUAAUAUAAUAUCCAUUCCUGCAAAUAAAUCUCCCUAAAUCAUA